AUGGAGGAAGUCAAUUUCCAACCCACCAACAUGAAUCCCGAACGCUACAACUCAUCGUCGGCGGCUCCGGCCCCUGAGUUCCACCCACUUGUAAGGCUCGGCAAUCUCAGCCGCAUCGAUGGAACGCCAAUUGAAUUCGAUAUUGUUGGCGUACACGCCAAAGGCUUCAUGUCUACCGCGGAGCAGUGGAUUUGUUACAGGCGCAACUAUUUCUCCUGCACUGGCUCAUACACGCUGAGUCCUCCUCAACCGCACGGCACUACCAUCCAAUAUGUAGACGUUUCGGGAAGGGUGCACAGCGUGUCGGGAUUCGCCAUCAGCCUCUCGGCCGUGGAAGAGGGCGAAGAGCAGCCGGUACGGCUUGUUCAAUACACAGCCAAGAGGGACAAGGGCCCGACUUUUAUCCCCGGAAAGAUUCCCUUGGAACCGAUGCCUGCACAGCCGCAGGCUUCAAACGCCUGGAUUCACAUGGUCCAACACACGUUCGAACGCCUGCAGUUCAGACACGCCACGCCCAACAAUGGGAAGCGACCUGCCCCUCAAAAGUACUACAACCUCGAGAUUGAACUUUGGGUCGACGUUGGCAACGACCAAGAAGAGGAAUGGAUCAAGAUUGGCUACAGACGGUCGGUCAGGUUGAUUGUGCGUGGGCGAUCGCCUGGUUAUACCAACAGCCGGAGCCAUACCGUGUCUGCGGUACCUGCGGGCCACAGUGGUUACGGAGGUAGUGCGGCGGUGCCAAGGGAGUCUUCUGGAUUCACACUGGGCGGGGUUGAGACAUAUUCGUCAAACUACACAGGAUACGGCACGCGGAGUGAAACCCGCAAUCAGGAAGACUUUCAACCACCUUACAAUUCAGGCUCGUACCAAUCCUAG